AUAUUACUGAGCAAAAUGUAUGCCUCCGAAUGAGUUCACAGACCGAAGUUCAACAGGUAUCCACACGGAGACACUCCACCGAAGCCACAAAAGAUGCUGAUGCUGAUGAUACGGCGUCUGUACAUUCGCUACAUCAUUCCCCACAGGGCUCACCCGUCCAAAGUGAACCUACUUGCCCAGACACUGAGUCGACGAAAUCCCAAUGCUCACAAGAUACCGAACUAAGACUACUAGAUCCGGUUUAUUUACCUAAAGGGUACAAAUUACUACCAGAAUGCUUUGAUUCUAUCGAAUUUCCACAGUCUUAUAAAGAAAACAGCGCCAAGGAGACACGAUUGUUGGAAUAUUGUGAAAAUUUCCGACGCCAGUACGCUAUCCUGUGUCCUGAUCGAACGAGACUACUGCUCAAUCCGGUGAACGAGUGUGGAGUGGAAAAAUUUGUCUGUACCACAUUAAGACCUACUCAGUUAGCAUAUCCGAAUUUGUACACUUGGGAUGGAGCAGCUAGUUUUGUGGCUGACUUUCUGGAGUUUGUCCCCUUGGUACCUUCGACUGAGUUACCUAAACGCUUACUCAGUCCCUCAACCACUGUUUCCAUUCAGAAGGGUACGUGCUUUGAGUAUUCCGUCUUAUUAUGUUCCAUGCUACUUGGGGUCGGCUACGACGCCUAUGUGGUGAGUGGUUACGCCACCCGCGAAUGUUGCUACAUGGACGAAACUCGAUUAAUCUCCAGGUUUCGAAAGCCAGCGCCACGUUCAACCCAAACGGAGGAAGAGACGGAUUCCAAGAAAUAUAUGAUUCGCCAGCCGAGAGAUCUAACUUCGCAGUUCGAAAAGGCUCUAUUGGCCAAAGAGCUACAGGCAGAAGCGGAAAAGGCUCGUAAGGCGACCGAAGAUGCCGAGAUGGAGGAUGAACGGAUGUGCGAGCCUCCUGCGGAUCCACUACGCGGAUUACGAGUGCAUGCAUGGGUGUUGGUAUUAGCAGGCAAAAGGGAGGUACCCGAAGCGUUCUUCAUCGAAACACUCACCGGGGUUGCUCAUCCACUGGAUAGCCCUAUGUAUUUGGGUAUUGAAAGUCUAUGGAAUGCGACGAAUUACUGGGUAAAUAUGCAGGACUGCUCCAAUGGAAUUUCGCAAAUGCAAUACAAUUUGGAGGACAAUACACAGUGGGAAUAUUUACUUCCCAGUGGAAGCUUACGGUCGAGGCACGGAGGGAACUUUGAAACAGAAUUCGGUCGUAGCCAACUGACCGAUAUCUCUGACUGGCCUCAUGAUGGGAUGUUCAUCCAGUCCACGCUGAAUUUCGAGCUCAUCAGUCACGACAGCUCUCAGAGUAGCCACAUAGCUUUAGCACCUACGCUGACGAUUCCUCAAACGCGUGGGCCGAAUUCCGCAAAGCUAUCAGGUACCUCUAACUUAGGCGACCUGCCCCAACCAGCCGUGCCUGUCAAGCCGACCGCCAGUCUAGAGGACAAGCUACUCCUGAUGGAUCUGCCCCCCUCGUGGACCUCGCCAAUCAGUAUCUGUCAACAGAGGUACGAAAUGCGAUAUCCCGAGGGUCACAAGGAAAUUUUGUAUCGCCGAUGCAAAGUGGAAUGGUUUGCACCGUACUCUGAACCCGAUGGAAUCGUGUUUCGACUGACCAACUAUGAGGACCUUGAGCGCACUAAACCCGUAGAGGUGACCGAGAAAUUCGCUCAUCGUGCUGACAGGCUUAUGAGUCGUAUCACUAUCCCAAGCACCAACGAAGUUACGGAGCAUUUCGAUCACGGUAGAACAACUAGUCAUUUGUGUCAGCAUAUAUUUAAUCGGAAUCAACAUGGACCACAGGCCGCACGAACCAUGAUUUUUUACCAUGAAGCUCGCGUGGAUGGUCUUCAGCGGCGCGAGCAAACACCGACGACUAUGAAGGAAUAUUACGUCGGCAGAGAGGACCGGAUGUGUUACCGUGAGGUAUUGUUCGGAGCAAAAGUUAAAAAAUUUGGACCUGCACAACUAGCCAAAGAAACCGAAGGGGGACCACUGGUGUGUGUUACCACUAGCAGUCAACUUGCGAUCGACAAAAUUAUUGAGCGAUUUACUCGUGACCCUUCUAAAUCAGCUGAUGAGGAUGUUGCUGAAAGGAUAUUCUACAUUGCCGAAGAUCGAAUAUUCAUCACUUAUCACAUAGGACCGGACCGUAUUGUGCCGUGCACCAGAGAAUUCCUCAAGCCACCUCCCAGCGAUGAUCGACGAAAUACUAUACAGUUGCACUCUGAUACACACUACUCAUUUCAGGUCAAUCUAUUCGCCAAACCGAAAACCCAGACAGAAAUUUACAACAUGUUAAUUUGUCUGAUGGAGGAAGAGGAGGUUUCGAAAUUGGCGGUUCGCAAAUCGGAAGCCGAAGUGCGCUCUAUUUUGGGCGAGCGUGUCUCGGAGGAUGCAAAGGUCAACUUGGAAAUCGAUUUGUUUGACACCCUGAGAAACACAGAUGCGCAUAAUUUGCGCUUAGAGUUGGAAAGGGCCGCAGAAGAAGAACGCACUAGGAAUAAAGAGGUAGAAUUGGACUAUCUGGCUCCAUUCCUUGCACAAAUUGACCUAGUAGAUGGAAAACUGACAAGAGAGCAAGCAUUCGCUUUACGUGAAGAGUGUCUUCAGGAUUUCAAGCAACGUCUAAUUACCAAAGCCAAUAUCAUUCAGGCUCGGUUUGAAAGAGAGACGGACAAACUGCAAAAGAAACAACAAUGGUAUCAGCUAAAUCAGAUUAACUUGACCAAGGAAGAUGAACAGGACUAUCUGCAAUAUUGCAAUGAGGCUACAUUCCGCAUCACCACGUUGGAGACCAUGUUAGCUAAACACAAACAGACCGCUCCGCAAAAGUAUAUGGCACUGGAGAAGAAGUUGCGCUGUGAUCCAAGACUGAGUGCAUUUCUUCAGGCCGGAUAGAAUGUACAUACUGCUAGAUUCUCAAAGAAGUUCCAGAGAUAUGUAAUAUGACACUGAGAAAUGGUGAUUCUCUUUAUGUGAGAGGUACAUGCGAGCUGACUGUAUGUAAUGUUCUCCACUCUGUACUGGCAAAUUCUGUACAAUCUGUGUGGUUUUGCAACUUGCGAAUUGGAAAGCAGGCCAGUAAGAGAAAGUAAACUUGGCAAGUCAUACUCAUCUCCAGAUAUUAUUCUAGUACCUUGAACUGGAAUCUAACCAUAUUAGGAGCUUGAACCGGAACCUCUUUCAUUAUGGGCAAAUUUACCCACAAGUAAUUCUAUAAAUGUGGCUGUGGAAAUCCUUUAAUAGACGACCUCGCAUUC